CCGUUGCUAAGGAGAACACCUGCUGCCGGUUUACCGACGCUUUAGCUCACGGACAGCGACUACUGACCUUUUAGGCCUAUCCCAAAAAUACCGGAUUUUUGUAACACGUAUUUGUAUUUUUAACUGAAAACGGCACCGCCAUGGCGAACGCCCACCGGACAAACGUUAUGGUCACGUCGUGUUUGAAAACUCCGGUUGACCCGCACACCAAGGCGCCGUUAGCGUCUUACGAGCGGGAGAGAGUGCUGCCGUGCUCGGCUACAAGUCUCAUGGACAACCGGGACUACGAGAAGGAGCUGGAGUAUGAGGACUCGGGCUCUGAUUUCUGUGACGAGGACUACGUGGGGAAGGGCGGUCCUCUCAUGAUGACCGACUUCAGAGCGGCAGGAGACCGCCUCGACCUGAGCCAAAUCUUCUUCUCCAACGAGGAGUACUACAGCAAGCUGGAGGAGCUGAAGAAGGCACACCUGCGCACCAUGGCUGAGCUGGAGAGCAUGUAUCGGCGGAAGCUGCAGCUCCAGGCCAUGGAGCCUCUGGACAUGACGAUGCUGGAGACAGGAAGGCACAGACUCCCGUGGUCGAACAGCAGCCCAGCAGCUUCGCGCCGUUUGAGGAAGUCGCACUCCGCUGUUGAACUCAGGAGGUGCUCCGGACAUUCAGACUCUUCUGACGAAGACGAAGCUGCCUGUAACGAUGGGGAGAAAGGCCUGCCUUUUUGUCCUGAAGAACACAUCAAGAACAUGUGGCAGGACUUUAAGGUCUCCCUUCACAACCCACACCUAUCGUCCUCCUCGAUGCACAGCCUGCCGACCGACCAGCGGAGACCGCGAAAGGGAAAGGGGAAGAGGAGACAGGGGCAAAAAGACGGAGAGCAUUGGAAACACAGAUUGACCGUCCCGAAACCAUUCCAGAUGAUGCUGCGCGAGUCUGACAGGCAAAGGAGCGGCAUAAAGACGCGUUCAGAGAUCGAGCAGGAGAACGCAGAGCUGCGAAAGCAGCUGGAAGAACUGAAAGAGUGUCAGAAGAAGUUCCGAGCCAACCCCGCGCCGGCCCACGUCCACCUGCCGCUUUACGAGGAGCUGCAGGAGCGCGGCGAGAGACGACGGCGGAUGAAAGAGCGAGAAGAUCCGCAUCUUCAAGCCGUCCAGAAGCCCUUCAGCUUCCUGGAGAGGGAGCGCAAAAAGAAGGAGCAGAAACAGCUGCAUCGGCAGCCAGAGCCGUCCGACCGGGAGAAAGUCAAACCCUUCAAGGCCAAGCCCGUGCCCAAGGCAGUGUACGCCGCGGCGUCCGGCGAACAGAUGAAGGAGGAGCAGCUGUAUCGGUCCAUCAAGAUCCAGAUGAGAGCUCAGGAGAUGCUCCACAGCGCCUCGAUGCCUCCCAGCAUGCUGGAACGACGGCUCAGCGACCGCAAGAAGACAAAAGACGGCAGCGCCGCGGCUGCCGCGGGGGACGACAGCUUCUCCCACAGGCCCCACAUUAACAAGGAGGUGCCCGACUUCGACGCCAGUUACCGACGCUUCCAGAAACACCUGGAGAAACAGAAGGAGGUGAAGCCCACAACGGCGUGCGAACCCUUCGAGCUGAGGACGUCACACAUCACGUCGCACCGCGAACGCAUCCUGGCCGACAUCGAGAAGGAGCAGAGCAGCCCUCGGAUGAGCCGCUGGCCGUACGUCAGCCCGGCCGGGACACCUCGUACGCCAAACUCGAGUCAGUGCUCGUCCCUCUCCGGCAGCCUGGAGUUUCUGCCCACCAAAGUCACGGACGCCACCAAAAAGAGGCACGAGGCCGUGAGGUACCAUUUUAGGACUCCAGAGGCUUCCACCAUUUUAGUUGACGUAGCUGAUUGGUUGCACCCAUGUCCUCUUCCCGAAGUUCCCAUCCCAUCCGAAGCUUCGUGCGUCCGUGACCAGAUUGUCUCCCUGAGUAGAAAGGUGCUGGAGCAGAGGAGGAAGGCCGAGGAGGAGGAGGAGCGCUGGAGGGAGAAGCAGAAGCAGCGGGAGAAGAAGCUGCAGGGGGUGGUGGUGAAACGUGCCCAGGCCAACGACCCCCACCUGGCUCUCUCACAGACGCACCCGACCAAACUCAAAGAAUUCAGGAAACAAGAGCUUCAGCGCAAGAAGGAGUACAAGCAGGAGAUUAAAGAGAUGAAGCGGAGGGUGAAGGGGAGGCCGCUGCUCUUGGAGCAGGUUGCACAAAUGAAUGCCAAACAGGCAGCGGAGAAGCGCUACACAGACGCCCUGCAUGGAUGUGAUCUGACUGAAGAGUUUAUCAGCAGCAAGGCCGUCAAAUCAGGCUCUUCAGGCCAAGCCUCCCCUUCCACUGACAGCAAACAGAGCGAACAAGAGGAGCCAGACAUGGGAUACAAGCCCGUUCACUACAGAAGGGUCUUCCUGGACGAUGAAGACGCAGAAGCUGAUCCAGACGAAACGGAAGGAGCGAGUGACAAGACUUCACCGAACCACCGUGAUGGCGAGGACGCCGGCGGUCACCACUCGGAGAGGGAUUCUCGUAGAGAUGAUGAUGAUGGUGAUGAUGAUGACCACGAUUCAGAUGACAGUUACCACUACUCAGACGAUCAUGAGACUUAUUCAGAUGACAGCGAGCACGACGCUGACACCACACAGCAGGAAGCGGGGAAGUGAUAUAAGUGGUCGUAGCUAUGUUCAAAAACUCUGAUAGAAAGCCCAUCGAGUGCAGAGGAAGCUUCUUAUUCCUGGAAUGAUAAGAUGUGAUAUUUUAUUGUAAAUAUCGUGCACAUAAGAAUAGAAAACGUCUUCGAAAACGUGAUCUUUAACCUGAGAUUGAUUGUGUCUGAAAUCACUUCUGUGUUCACUUGUUCAUUAUUCUAGAGGUACAUCCCAGGUCAAGACAUUGCAUCCCUGUUCCCUUCACUUGCUUCCCUUCCUCUGUCUGUCUCACCGAGGAAGCAUAGGAGAGACGGGAGGAAAUCAUGCGAGGAGCGAGGAAACAAGGGAAUGUGUU